AUGAACGCGGUGAUGCUUGAAACCAUACAAACACUCUUACAAUGGUCUGCGGACAACCAACUGCAAUUACAGCCUUCACUGCGAAUACAGUUCAGCACGGCCUCGGGCAUUGCUGUGUUCUCCGAGACUUUCAUUGGCAAAAACGACAUAAUCGCUUCAAUACCCAAAGCCGGCAUCCUCUCGACGAAAUCUACUUCUCUGGCUGAGAAGAUCCCACCGGCACCGUACGGCCUCGGUGCACAGCUUGCAUUGUCUCUUGCGGUGUGCCAUGAACUUGCGCAGGGAACCGCGUCACGCUGGCACGGGUACCUGCAAUCCCUACCGCCAAGCACCGUUCCCAUAGCACUUCUUUGGGGAAACAGCGAUGCGCUCGACUCACCCUCGGACGGUGAAGAAGCAAAAGGUUGGAUUGCUGGCACCGAGGUCGAACGGAUGGUACGCGGGGAACAGGGCCAAGAUCCCCUGGACGAGAUAUACCAAUAUUACUAUUCAGUCGCCCGACCUCUGUUGCCCGAGUCAUGCAUGAUCUCACAUUUCCUCCACGCAUACUCUCUCGUAAGUUCGCGCGCUUUUAUGGUCGAUGCCUAUCAUGGGCUAUCCAUGGUCCCAAUCGCUGAUGCGUUCAAUCAUACUACGGAGAACCACGUCCAUCUAGAGUGCGACUACGAUGUGUGCCCCCUCUGUGGCUCCUUCGCAGAAUGUCCACACGAUCGCGAAGACGCUCCGUCAUCAUCCAGCGAACCCAUGGACUGGCAGUCGCCUUCCGUUGCCUCCGUCCCCGAUACGUGCGAUAUGGUUGCCAACAGACCCAUCCCAGCCUUCAGCGAAGUCUUCAACACGUAUGGCUCUCGCAAGAGCAACGCGUCGCUGCUCGCAUGGUAUGGCUUCGCCCUCGACGAGAACGAGAACGACUCUGUCGGUUGGGAUUUCGCGGAGGUCGCUCAAGCAUUCGGGAGUGACGAGUCGUCAUCGGUGCAGCUAUCAGAACAACUGUACAAAAGGAUCCUACACGCUUGGUUGUCCACUCUUGGAUCUAUGGUCGCAGAAGACAGCAGGCUGGUGUAUAGGUCCGAUCUAGACGACGCUGAACAGAGGGAGUUCGCUGGGCCGUCGACGGUGCUGUGCAUCAACAGUGACGCUCAGAUAAGCGUUUAUUUGUGGGUAUAUCUGGCUAUAUGCGCUGCAUUCGAGGCAACGGGAAGCUUUCAAUCGGAGGAAAAGGAGGUUCUGGGAUUUGAAUACAUCGAGAGGCUCGUUGCGCUCCUUGGAGCGAUUAUAGGCCAACAAGUUUUCCUGGAGAAGGCGUUGGGAGCGGAAGGUGUUGAACUUAACAUGGCCGGCAAUCCGGCUGACGAGACCCAGAGCUUGGCUGGCCGUGUUUUGUCAAGGAUAGCGGAGUUAGCGGUCACACUCUGCCGACGCAGAAUAUCUAGCAUGGGGAAACAUCAGGACCUCAGUACAGCACAACUGGGAGAGAUGCUAGACAACGUUCCUGAGAGUAGACCGAAGACACGCCUGGCGCUCGCACAAGUUCUCGCGGAGAGGGCUAUGCUUGAGGGUUGUCAGGCGGACUGGCAAGAGUUGCGCGAUGCCCUAGAGGAGGAUUCUAGUUGA